CAGUCUCUGCAACAUCUGAGCAUGAAGCUUGUGAAAGGUUCACUUUAGUUUUUAGGUCUGUGCUUCAUUAUGUGACUUAAAUAAAAUAUAAAUUCUAGUGAUGAAAUGCUAGUGCAUUGCGUGGCUUAGAUUUCAGUAUGAAACCUCAGUUAUAUUCUCAUGAAUUGUUUCUUAACUAGAUUUGAAUCCAUUUGAAAAAAAAAGAAUGAAUUCAUUGUUUUUAAUUACAGUUGAAGCAAAUAUUAAUGUGUCUUUAUUCAGCUCAUGAUCCUGUUAAUGUGUCAUGCACUGUGAACCACAGCUGUAUGACAUCAGGGAGCUGUGCUCUUGUUUAUCAUAGAUCUCACCGCCAUGUUUAAAUGAUGAUUUCCACAUGAAAGGGAGCGUCGGAUCUCUUCCUUGCAUGUGGAAACAAUCCCUUUUCCUUUGCUUGAAUUUUGCCUGUGGGACAAUGAAAGGAUUCGUCUUUUGGUUACACUGCGAGUGUGUGAACAUUAUUCAGCUUCAUCUGCCUGGAACAAAGAGCUCGUCCCAAAGAACAAUAAUGCCUAAAUGUUUGAUGUUGCGCAGCAGCUCCGGGGCAUUUUGCUGCAAUCCUCCGAGCUCUGUUGCUCUCUGACUUUUUGUUCUUCGAUCCCCCCUGUGUGAGUGAGUGCGUGCGCUUGUGUGUUUAACGAUCAGAUCACACAAUGAAAUUUGUAUGGUAAUUUUGCUUUUGGGGAUAUUAAUUAAUCACUCUUUUCUCUUUCUUUACUCCCACACAUCACCUCCCACGGCUGCGCCCCGCUGUAGCGCCAUGUUAUUUGAAAGAUCUAUAGCUUAAAUCUUCUGUGCCUAAAGUUGUAUUCAUCAUGACGGCUCCCAGGUUCGGUCUAUUUUUGAAGCGCUCUAGGGCGGCUGAGAUUGUUACCUAUUCAUCAUCGGCACAAGAGAGAACUGCACCUUAAAUGACUUGCAUUAUUUCAUGUAUUUAAAUGGGACGUGUCUACAACGUUCAGUGAAACUCCAAAGACAACAUUUUUAUUUUGAUCAUUCAUUGGAGUUGGGAAUUUUCAGGGUCUGUCUGAGGUCACCAGAAUAAACUGCUGUUCUGGGACAAGUCACUUUCUCACCAGAGUUCCUUAAACCAACAGGAAGAGAUGACAUCGUCAAUUCCAGCAUAUGCACCACUCACAAUAAGUUCAGGAUAUUGUGAGGUACUCAGUGGAUUUCAUACAUACGAUAUUUGUCACACAUCGUGGCAAUUGUGUGAGGGUGAUAGACACACUUCAUGUGUUUUCCACGGAAUGGUCUCACUCUAUACGGUGCACCUUUCCCACUGGAGCCGAUCCCAACACAAUACAAGAAGACAACCCUUUUCAAUGAGUCAUCAUUUCAACAUUCUAUAUUCCAUAAGAAUCUGGUAUUGUCAGUAAGUCAUUCCCAGUCCAUCCUUCAAGCAGCUGUGAACACAUGACAUCACUUGAUGGAUGAGCGCUGCCACCAGGCUGCAGUGUUGGUAGCAGGCAGUCAAAUGUGAACAUGUAUCUCAAAGUAUCAUCAGCAGACUUACAGCAAGACACAAAACAGCAGGCAGUGUUAGUACCUAAGGACGCCGCUGUGCAACUCCCACAGGCCCAUUUACAACAAGUGAGAAACCAUUGGCAACCGACUUAGCUGCAUUGGCUUCCAUAACAGACGACCGUUGCGGUUGACUCCACUGACACUAAGACACUGCCGUGACCGUUGGCAGGGGUUACAAGAUCAUGUGACCUGGAGAGUGCAGCAGUGGUCUACCGUCCCAUUGUUUAUUGAUGAGUGUUGCAUCAGAAGCCAAGGUCACCAUGGUCCCCAGGGUUGGCAUUGGUGAAGGAGGUGCAACAGUCUGGGCAGGCAACACCAGUCAGAACUUAACAGAUUUGGAGAUUGGAGAUGGCCCCUGACCUGAACCCUAUAGUGCCAACACAUCCUCACCGCCACGCUGUCAUAUAUUGACCUUGGGAAAGGUGACUUUUGCGUCCUAUACUGAUGAAAAAGGCAGCCUUCAGCAUCGCAUGUUGAGGCACUGGUAGCACGACACAUGACAAAAAUGGUAGAAACAGUUUUGGUUCGCGUCUCAAUUUUGGGGUAGUAAAUAUAGAAAUAAUGAAAAUGGUGUUUGGUCUCAUUCAAUAAUAGUAAUAUCCAAGUGAACUAUUACUUAUUUCUUUAAAAUUUUUACCAACUAUGAGAAGCACUCCUGUAAGUGGCAGUUAUUGUGACUAAUGUAUGUAUUAUUGACACAAAUAGUUUUGUCAUCAUUUGUCGAUGUUCGUAUGAAUUCAGCAAUCACAGAAAGUCCACCUGCUCUUUCAAUAAAACCUGUAUUUCCUCGUCUUUGUCUUGCCACGUGUGUAGCCUCAUGAGAUGCCAGAGUGGCCGUCUCUUGGUCUAAACACACUCGAAUGAGCCACUCCAAACCUCAAGAGCCAUCACAUCGCCUCUGUCAGCUCUGAUUUGCUCUGACUCAUGUUGUAAUUUCUUAUUUUCUCAUCCCACUGUUUCUCUCAUUCCCUCCUGGUCAAUUGCCUCCCAUUGUGGCCCGGUGCGUGUGUGUGCGCGGGCGGAGUGAGUACCGUUCUCGGGAGGCCGCGCUCUCGAACCACUCAAGCUUCCUGUCUUGCAUGAUUAGGCCAGCCAUACAGGAAUGCGCUCCUACAUUUACAACAAGAACUCUGUGAUUGGCUCGCAGGCGGAACACUGCGGGAUGCGGACAUAUUUCUUCAGUGCGGACACACAGGAGGACAUGAAUGGCUGGAUCCGGGCCAUGAACCAGGCUGCGCUGAUGCAGCAGAGUCACACCAUAAGGAGAGAAGUGGAGAAACCAGUCCAAAAAGCAGCCACCCAGAACAACCACGUCCAGCACAACCAGCCAGAGAGCCUGCCAGAGAGACAGCAUCAUCAGGAGAACGGCGUGAGACGGCCUCACGGAGGAAAUGUUCAACACGUUCUGGACAUCAAAAGAAGACCCAGCCACCCCACGACCGGGGAGGAUCCUUCCACGGAGUUAGUCAACGGUGCGGCACAGAAACACGCUCAGCAGACAGUCAUCCAAGUGGCGCUGCCACCGGAACAGAACGGCAGUGUUGUUUACCAGAGGGGUUUCGUUACGCGGACUGACCCUGACAAGCAUGUGCAGAGGAAGAACGCGCUGGCUCAGGUGGAAAACUGGGUCCAGGCACAGAAAGGAGACCCUCAAAAAAGUGUCCCUUCGGCGGAAUACAACCUUCCAAGACGGACUCCUCCUCCAAAGCCCAAAGUCAGCAUUUCCGAAACUACCUAUCACUCAUUGCCAAAGUCUCCUCGGGUGCCGUCGGGCAGCAACUCUCCCACCGCCACAUGCAACCUGCCGAGCGACUACAAGUACGCUCACGACCGACUCAGCCACUUCCGCAUGACCACGGACGAGCGAAUGGCCACGAAGGAGGGGAUGGUGUGGCAGCUGUACGAGUGGCAGCAGCGGCAGCAGUUCCGGCACGGAAGCCCGACCGCUUCCGUUUAUGCCGGGCCAAACUUUACGGACUCUUUCCGAGUAGCGCUGGAGAUGCCACGCUCCAUCUCUGUGCCACCUUCUCCGUGCGAGGUGCCGCCGUCACUCCCCUCCUCCUUCAAGCCCGUCUCUCCUCGCAGGCCGCACACUCCCUCUGACAGACGGACAGUCCGGCCUCUGGAUGAUUUAGCAAUCGGGGGCAGCACAAGAUCAAGUUCCCCUGCUCACUUCUGUGCCCACCUUUCUCAGACCUCCAAAAUGGAGAGAAGGUCAAUGCCAGCCAUGGGCUACAUCACGCACACCGUCAGCGCGCCCAGCUUGCAUGGCAAGACGCCAGAGGAGCUGACUCUGCUCCUCAUUCAGCUGCGGCGACACCAGGCCAAGAUGGCUGGUGUUCCCUGCGAUGCUUUCGCUCACCUGCAGCAGCACAACGGGCUUCUCGGCCCCAGCAUGCAGGCUGAUGACACUUACGUCCAGCUGAAGAAGGACCUGGAGUAUCUAGACCUGAAGAUCCAAAGUAUUGACCCGAUGAUCUUGUCGGUUCAUAAAGUGCUCGACAACUCUACGCCUGCGUUUGGCUACUCUCAGAAUGUCACCGGACGAGAAACCCUGAAGAGGGAAUCACCGCAGCCUGUGAAAAUCGCAGAGAGCGAUGCCGAUGUGAAAUUAAGUCGACUCUGUGAGCAAGACAAGAUUCUCCAGGAGCUGGAGGCCAGAAUACGCACCUUAAAGGAAGACAAGGACAAGCUGGAGUCGGUGCUGGACGUGUCCCACCAGCAGAUGGAGCAAUACAGAGAGCAGCCCUCACACGCAGAGAAGAUUGCCUACCAGCAGAAGCUGCUGCAGGAGGACGUGGUCCACAUCAGAGCUGAAAUUUCAAAAGCGUCCACCGAGAUGGAGAACGCCUGGAAUGAGUACAGCCGUUUGGAGAGCGACGUGGACUGGCUGAAAUCCGCUCUACAGGGGCAGAUGAACCGCUGUGAUCUCACUCAGCAAGAGAAAGUUCAGCUGAGGAAGGAGCUGUGGAGGAUCGAAGACGUGAUCGCCGGCCUCAGCAGCAGUAAAGCCAAUUACAAAGUCACGGUCUCCUCCAUAAUAAACCCAGAGAGGAAAUUUGUGCCUUCAGUGUCGGCGUCAUCAGUGCCUUCUGUGUCUGGAAGCCCGUCUGCGAUGGAGAUGAGAUUGUCCCAGCAGCACAGCCCCCACCUCAGCCUCAGUAGCCACACUCCCACAGCCCCCUCCCUGUCCUGCAGCCAGCCAGUGUACCACUUCACACAGAAUAAUAUCGCUCCGGUUUGGUGUGAGGAAGAUGUGCCUCCCAGACCUCCUCUACCUCAGCUGUACAGUCCUGAAGAGCAGCCCCCCGCCGUGCCACCCCUGCCCAAAGAGUCGACCGUCAUCAGACACACUUCUGUCCGUGGACUCAAAAGACAGUCGGACGAGCGGAAGAGGGACCGGGAGAUCGGACAGUUCGCCAACGGAGCGGAGAAGGUGGAGCUGAGGCCUUGUCUGAGUGACCCGGAGCUCAUGGGAGCAGGAGACGGGUCAAGUGGCACUGGUCCAACAGGCCUCAGUGGAGGUUACCAGACAUUACCGACCAGAGGCUCCUUCUCUGGCUCCUCCCUCAGACUGCAUCAGUCCUCCAGCAUCUCCUCCUACGUCACGCUGAGAAGAGCCGUUUCCUCUGCCGGCGAGAAGGAGAGACCCAAAAGUGCCUUGGAGCGCCUGUACUCUGUCAACCCGCAGCUACCGAGUGGGAGGAUGAGUGCGGAGGAGCAGUUGGAGAGGAUGAAGAGGCACCAGAAAGCUCUCGUGCGACAGCGCAAACGGACCUUGAGCCACGGAGACCGCCGUGCCUCUUCAUCGACCCGCUCUUCAUCCUCGCGUCCUCUCUCGGCUGACUUCGGAUCAUGGAGGAGGGAGCAGGAGUUCGACCUGCAGUUGCUGGAGAGGGCAGUGCAGGGGGAGGAGGCUCAGGGGGUGAGGAGCGUCCAGGGGGAGGAGCAGCCUCCCGAGCACAAAGAAAGACCCCGCUCUCACUCGGAUGAAUGGCUGACCUUCCACUCCUCCACCACGACCCCUCCCACCCAACAGACGGACAAGGAGGUGUUGGACUAUGACCUGGACCUCAACAAAGAGUUGUCCAAACCUCAGAAGGUUCUAAUCCCGGAGCGAUACGUGGACACCGAGCCGGAGGAGCCCCUCAGUCCUCAGGAGCUGGAGGACCGACAUCGGAAGGUGGAACGCAUCAAGAGCCUCUUGGCAAAGUCCAGUGUGCAGAAUCUGGCUUCGACUGUGUCAGUGGACAAUUCUGAGCUGGGUCUGGGGGCACUGGACUCGGCGCUGCAGGAGCAAGAGAGGAUCAUCACCAUGUCCUACGCCUUGGCAUCAGAGGCUUCGCUCAAAAGCAAGCGGGUCGCAGUUCCACCACAGGCUAACAGCCCCACCUCUCCUCCUCCCCCUCCACCGCCCCCUCCUCCUCUCCCCCCUCCGCCUCCUCCUCUUCCUCCUGUAUCUCUGGUGCCUCCCUCUCCUCGAGGCAGUGGGAUCCACUACACGUUUGUCUAACUCUGAGCUGAACUCAAGCGAUUUCUGGACACUAAGGUGCUAUUUUUACACGUCUGGAUCGGAUGAGAAGAGAAGAUAUUUUUGUUUCUGUCAUGGAGAUGAUUGUGCAGCACUGACGAUAACUUUACCUGCUCUGUGAGCUUCAUGCAGAAUGAAUUACUUUCUAGUUAAAACUACUUUGCUGCUUUAAAUCACAUUGAAAUCAUCUUUCAAAUGUUUAUCACAAAAAUGAAAAAAAAAAUCUCUAUUUUUUCUACAAGUUCAAACGUGAAGAAUUGAAACUGGAAACACGUCCAUGCUCUUGCGGCGCUUCAUGUUUGUUCAAGAUUGCCUGCGUUUCCCUGUACGAAAUGUAAAUAAUGAAUCAUGAUGUCAGACUUUCUGGGCGAUCUAUUCUUACACCAAACCACUUGAAGAGUCAUGUAUGUUUGUAUCGUAGCACUGCCAGGCUUUUAGUUUAGGCUUGCCAAAGCGUAUUUUAUUUUUGCUCAUCUGGAUGAGAACUUUCCUUCACGGAAGGUUGCACAAAGGCGUUUAUGAAACUGUAAAUAAUAAAGUUAAUAACAACAAGCCGUUGCUUCUCUUGACUUGACGCCAUUCUAUUGCACACAAAGACAAGGCACCGAAUGAUCCGAAUGAUCUGGAACCAUUCCAUUUCAUUCCAAUGUUGGGACCAAGGAAUUAAAAGUUGGGAACGCUUGGAGAGCUUUUAACACAAGACGGGUUUCCGCAGGUUCAAAGUGUUUUCCAGCUCCAAAGAGCAUUUUUAAUGCGUGCAGUUUCAACCAGGAGGGUGAACGAACAUGGCUUCCCCCAGAAAACCAGACUCAGUUGUAAAAUAAGAGCAUCUGAUCGAUGGAGAAGCAACGCUGUGCUCCUUAGUUUACACCUAUCAUUUUGAUAUUAUCGAUGCUUUGCGCUGGUUGGGAGGCUGCAGCUUCGUCUUCUUGUCUCCUUGCCACAG